UCUAUACACAUUCAGAGCAUACGGCUUUGCAAAAGGGCGUGCAGUAGUCAUGGUCUGAUUUCGCCGUAAUCGCUCGUUUUUUUUCAUAAUUUUAUCGUUACAAACCAUCGUGCGUGUAGGAACACCUAAACUCCAACGGAAAAAAAAAAAAAAAAAAAAAAAAAGUAGUAGUCGUGAGGUCUAAAGUCAGCAGUGUCUGAGGUGGCCACCGGUCGUGUCGCUCCACUAUCGGUCAGUGCAGCUUCUCACGAUGUCCGGUGGUCUGUGCAAAUUACCUCAGGUGCCUGAUUGGCUGUUCAAAUGUACGCAUGCCUGAAUUCGAUACCUGAUUGCGGCGAUGCAAAUAUGAAGAAGACGAGAGACGGAGACGUUGAAUCGUCGCAUUUGACACCAUGGCCCUUUUUUCGCAAGCCCGGCAUAGAUGCCCUUCGCCUCGUACAUGAACCAUGAGUAGAGCUUGUCAGGGUCGCCGUUUUGCCAUUGGUAGCACUGGAUACACUCCACAUCUACCAUUUGUUUGGUCUGCUAUAUCAUCCUCCUGCUUCCACGAACGACUCAUUCAUUCAUUCAAGCUUGUCUUU